AUGAAGCAGGCGGAGGCGUCCACCGGCCAGCGUAACCGUGAAUGCAGCCUGCAGUUGUCCGAGCCUGUGUUGCCCUCGUAUCUGAGCGGCCUGAGCGUGAAGCAGGAGGAGGAGACGCCUUCCGCUGCGCCGCCGCCCACGUCAGCGCCCAACUCGAGUCCAGCCAAGAUUUCCACGCCAACGCAGAGCAAGAGGGAGCACGAGGGCAAGGAGGAAACUUCACAUCAAAAGGUGAAGCAGCGGCGCUCCCGGACCAACUUCACACUGGAGCAACUGAACGAGCUUGAGAGGCUGUUUGACGAGACGCACUACCCGGACGCCUUCAUGAGAGAGGAGCUUUCACAGCGCCUUGGCCUGUCCGAAGCUCGAGUGCAGGUGUGGUUCCAGAACAGGAGAGCCAAGUGCCGGAAACACGAGAGCCAGAUGCACAAAGCCGGCAUGCUCCUGUCCCCCUCCUCCGGCGCCGCCACACCCAUGGGAGUCAUGACCUCUGGCGUGGGUCUGGCGGCCUCGGGGAACGUCGGGGUGCCGUUGGAAGCCUGCCGCGUCGCCCCCUACGUCUCGCCGCUACGCCUUCACCCGCCACCCUACGACCGCCUGCCCGGCCUGCCCACCCUAUCCCUCGAUCCCGCACUGCUCUCUGCCGCCCACCAGUACGCCGCCGCUGCCGUGUCCCUGAGCCUUACCGGAUCGUCGAGCAGUACCAGCAGCAUAAACAGCAGCAGCAGCAGCAGUGCGGGGAGCGGAGGCAGCAGCAGCAGCAGUAGCAGCAGCCUCAGCAGCACCUCCGCCACCAAUCCACUCACGUCUCCUCCUUUACUGUACUACCCACACCCGACCUACCCGCUCGCCCUCUCUGCCCUGGCCGCCGCCGAGAGAGUUUCCUCCAAGAAUUCCUCGAUAGCUGAGCUGAGGAUGAAGGCUCGGAAGCACGCCGAGGCUCUAGGACUCACCACGCCGCAGACUUAAUUCCCACAGACCAGAUGUAGCCUUUAAUAGUUUGGCAGUGGAGAUUGGAUGCCGCAUGAAAGAUUGUUAAAGAUGGAUGGACAUGAGUAACAUUCAUCCACUGACCUCUGUUAUCGCUCAUCUGUUCGUGAGUGAUGUCUUGUGUAAUCAACAAGGAGUUGAGUGUGUGUGUGUGUCGGCUUUCGUGCUGCGCAAUGCUUUGUCUGCUGUUCUAAUGCGCGGGAGGAAAGACUUGCGUCAUGGGACUCAAGACUGACUGCAGACAAGACACUGGGAUUCAAGAGUAACAGAAAAUCGACAGCACUGCCUGUGCUCCACACACGACAUGCUCCACAACACUCCACGGGCAUCCUCCUCACUAUUCAAAGUCCACUAAAAUCUAUCGUUGCGUUGCUCAUCCCAGCACCUCAUUCCCUCACGCCACAUCCCUGCAGGUCACGCUCCUUCCCCAGAUCAUCUGCUACACGCCAGUCAAGAGUUGUACCUUUCCGUUCUCUACUAUUCUUAUUCUUAUUACAUCGUAAUGUAACCGAUGUCUCCAGAAUCUGGUUGGAGUUUAAUAACAAAGGCUGAAACUUAUCUUUAGGAGUGUUUUCUAUCUGGGAAUGCUGGGUCCUCAGGAAGCACAAGACAGAACCGCAUGCAGCUGCACAGAAACAAUGGUGCUGACCGAAGAUAUUGAAGAAAAAAAACAGUGAUGAGCAUCAUAGUUUUCACUUUUCACCCAGUAACAUGUACGUGAAAGCACGUGAUUGAUGUUUGGAAUAUGAAGGCUUUCAUAGCACCCUGGGAAGUCGUAUCUUUAGCAGCAAGACGCUACUGAUACGUGAUGGAGUUAAGCUGUUGUUUCUUUUCGUGUGUGCUGUGUGACGUAACUACCUUGAAAUCUUAUAGAAUGAAACAGAUUAAGAAAUCGCCGAAGGUACAUUUAUGAUGGGCAGCAGCCAACGAUGUAUUAUGUUAAAGAUCCAAGACAGUGACCCUCUUUAAGGCGCUGAUACUCCUUCAGCUACAUAUACUCAUUAGGAAGUGCGGUGUUACAAAGCCAAACUGUUCAGGAUUUUACCAGAUAGUGAAGAAAAAAGCACUACAUUAUUUUGUGUCGCCUUGCUGUGGUCGGGACAAUUAAAACGCCUCAGUGAUGUGACGGUGGUGGGGAAAUGAGCACUGGUUCUCCCCACAAGGAGCGCGAGGUGCUACUCAGCACUGUAUGACUCUGUGACAUUGAGUUUUUUUUUUUUUUUUUUUUUUUUUUAACUGGCUACAUAUAAAGCGGGACCUUAUUGAUGGUGCCGCCUAGUGACCUUUGCACGCAAGGUCGUUAAUCAAAAAUGUAAACCAAUGAUAUAUGAGUGUACAUAUACGUAUAUACUCCAGUAAACGUGUACAAUCGAUGUCAUUGUGUGUGUGUGUGUGUGUGUGUGUGUGUGUGUGUGUGUGUGUGUGUGUGUGUGUGUGUGUGUGUGUGUGUGCGCGCGUGUGUGCGUGCGUGCGCUUGCGUGUGCUAGCGCCUCAAGCGACAAAGGAUGUUAGUUGUCUUAACAUUUAAAUAGUGUCUUCCCGUCUCUGCUUCCGCCUCGCCACGGCGCGGCAGGCCUGGAAGCACCGGGGCCUGGUCGGCGAGAAGGACGGGGAGGAGGGGCACAAGGGAGCUGCAGGAGGGAUGGCGCGAAGGGCGAGGAGGUGUUGGGUAAGGCCUGUUUGUUUUGAGGGCACGGGUUGAGGUGUCAGCCUGGCACCGUUUCCAGGGCAAAUACUCACCAUGUCAAGUCAAGACCUCUUAGCCCACAGCCUUCACACCUCCCAGGCCUCUUACCUCUCCCUCUCCUCUGGACGCCCUUCCUCACACCCUCCCCAUGGUGCUGACGUGGACCCUUAUUCCUGCUGUUGUUGUUGACAUUUUAUUGCUGUUCUCGCUGGGUGUUUUAUUCCAUUGUUUCGUUCUGCGUUUUGCUGCAAGUUACUCAAUCGCUGCAGUGGAUGGAGGGCGCCAGGCCAGGCGGACGAGAGCUAGACGAGAGCCGCUGUUACCCGAGACUGCCCUGCUGUCUUGUCAUUGUUGAUAUUUGAGGGAAUUUUGCGAAAUAUGAUGGACUGCGGUGCGCUUUGUUAUAGCUGGAUAUUGUUUCUUGAGAAUUUUAUUUAUUUAAUGUUUUUUUUUUUUUUUUUUUUUUUUUUUUUUUUUGUAUAUAUGUGUGUACGUGUGUGUACGCGUGUGUGUGUGUGUAACUGGUCAUUCUGAUUUUGCCAGUAGCCAGUUAUCCAAUGGUUUUAGUAACAAUCAUUUCAUGCGCUGAACAUUCUUCCAUGAUCCUUUGUUUUGUUCAUGUUCAUCACUCAAUUCACUGCUGGUGAAAAGCAAACUCCAUCAUGAUAAAUGUUUGUCCUACAAGAAUAUAAAAUUUAAAUUCACCAUUCUGUACAACAGAGACCGUUUUUUUUUCCUGAAGAGAGGCUAGCCAAAGACUAGAAAUCGAAAUUUGGGGAAAAUAUCUUAGUGUACUUUUUUUAAGCUAAGAAAUUUUGAGUGAGAAGCUCCAGUAUGUCACGUGCAGUAGCGCCGCCGCCCUGUAAACCUUGCUCUUUGUGUGAACUUAUGCCACCUGUGUAUCUCCCGCCGCUCCCGUGUACCUUUUCGUCCAAAUGUGCACUAUCUGCCCGACACGUACACUUUUCCAUUAUCUGUAUGUGUGUGUGUGUUUGUGUGUGUGUGUGUGUGUGUGUGUGUGUGUGUGUGUGUGUGUGUGUGUGUGUGUGUGUGUGUGUGUCCCUUGAGCCUCCCAUCUCAGUUUAUCCGUCUUUUUUUCUUUCCUUAAUAUUCUACGUUCCCUCAAUUCGUCCUCUCGUCUCCUGGCCAGCCAAAACCCGCCACACCACUGCAGCUGCCAUUCCGGCCACUCUGUUGUCUGCCGUGUCUUUACCUGUGUUACUGAAUAGUUCUAACUGUUGUACUUGGAAGAAGAAAGUAUCUGUGACAUACUAUUACUGGUCCGUGCAAAGGUUUCUUUGUUCUUUAUUUGCUGGGUAAUGUGUUUCAUUCCUGACAGAUGGAAAUAUUUUGCUCACGACUGCUGCUGUGUAGUGUCGUCUGUUAUUUUAAUUAUAU